AUGCCUUCUACAGUAAACGUUAUCUGCCCUACCCAAGAUCGAUUUAAAUGCCACUCAACAUUGCUUACGCCUAUAUGGAAGCCAACAAUCCCUGCCAACCAAAUACCUAUGAAUAUUUACAGAGAGCAUGUCAACAAUAAAUUCCAUCUUCUGUUAAGAGACUCCCACGACCUACAGAAGUGGAGUGUGACAGAGCCUCAAGCUUUCUGGGUUGAUCUCUGGGAUUUCGUCGGCUUGAUUCCUACCUUGCCUCCUGGGAUAAAGCGCGCUUACAAUCCAGCUGUUUCCAUUUCUGAAGUACCUCCCUUCUUCGAGGGAGCUACGGUUAACUACGCGGAGAACGUGUUGAUCCAACCACUUAUUGACAGCGGGAGCCCCGCUCUAAUUGGGUUAAGAGAGGGUCAAAAUCUGGAGGGUGAGGUCUGGACGUGGUCAGUGCUUAGGGUUAAUGUGCGCAGAGUUAGGAGUGCUCUGCUUAGAAGUGGCAUUAAGAAGGGUGAUAGGGUUGCUGCACUUAUAUCUACAUCCGUCUGGUCAAUUGCUUUACUCCUUGCCUCUGCGAGCAUCGGGGCCAUUUUCACUUCGAUCGCUCCAGAUCUUGGACUUGAGGGAUGCAUUUCUCGGUUGCAACAAGUGCAACCAUCUAUAUUGUUUGCUGAUAGCCACUGCACUUACAAGGGCCAACAGCGAUCCAAUGCCUCCAAGAUUUCUGAAAUCCUAAAAAUACUCAAACCAAAUCCAGAGCUAUUUGUUAUACCUACAGGAGCUCCGGAAGCUUUCCCGCCCCUGUCGGCCUUCCUUAAAAGGUCGAAUGACACAGACGGCCUAGAGUUCGCCAGGCUCCCUUUCACAUCACCUCUAUACAUUCUAUACUCCAGCGGAACCUCUGGUCAGCCGAAAUGCCUUGUUCACAGCCACGCUGCAAUAAUACAACACAAAAAGAUUGGAAAGCUUCAUAACUCACUUAAGCCGGGCGAAGUUGUCUUUCAAUAUUCGAGCACAUCUUGGGUCCUCUGGAACAUUAUGGUUGGCCACUUGGCCAUGGGGACUACCCUCAUCUUAUACGACGGGUCCCCCACCUGGCCAGAACCUCAAACCAUGCUGAGUAUUGUCGAAAAGUUCAAGGUGAACUACUGGGGGGCCUCUCCGAAAUAUCUCAAAGAGCUAGAAUCAACAGGUUGCACGCCCAUGGCAGAAUAUGAUCUUUCGAGUCUCCGAAUGGUGCAAACUGGAGGAUCUCAUCUAGCAUCAGAUCAGUAUCACUGGUUCUAUAAGGUGUUUCCCUCAAAAGUGCAUCUUACGAGCGUAACUGGAGGAACUGACUUGGUGACCUCCUGGUGUGGGACGGACCCUGCUGGACCACUUUUCGCGGGAGAAAUCCAAAUGCCCAUUCUCGGACACGAUGUGGAUAUAGCAGAUCCUGUUGAUGGCCAUUCCAUCAAAGACACUGGCGAAGCAGGAGAGUUUGUGUGCCGAAAGCCGUUCCCCUCGAUGCCCGUCUACUUGUGGGGAGACUCACAAGGCGAAAAGUACCGAGCAUCGUAUUUCAGUCGAUACUCGUUCCCAUGUUGGGCGCAGCAUGAUUGGGCAAGUGUCAAUCCUGUCACGAAGGGGUGGAUAGUACACGGAAGAAGCGACGGGGUUCUUAACCCUCAAGGCAUACGAUUCGGCUCCGCAGAAAUCUAUUCUAUCACAGAAGCUGCACCAUUCUUGACCAUGAUUACCACCUCUCUCUGCGUGGGUCGAAAGAGGCGAGGGCUUGACUUUGACGAGUCUGUCUUCCUCUUUGUCGUCAUGCGUCCUGGGCACCCUUUCACCAGCGAUUUGGAAAAGCUACUGAAAGACACCAUCCGCCAGUCCCUUAGCUCAAGACAUGUUCCGCGCUUUGUGGUUGAAGUGAGGGAAAUUCCGAUGACAUCCAAUGGGAAGAAAGUCGAGACGCUUGUCAAAAAGGUCAUUUCAACUGGGAAAUUGCCACGGACGACCAGCUCUACCGUGAUAAAUCCAGGUUGCCUGGAGACUUUCAGGCAUUUUUACCAUCUCGAGCCGGGAGUCCGCGCGAGGUUAUGA